CGCACGAAUCCGUUCAACCUUGCUGGGCUGCUAUCCUCGUUUCUUUCUUUCCUUUUCUUUGGUUUAUUUUUGAACACUGGAAAGUUCCAACGCCCACUGAUUUCUAAUCUUCCCCGCGGUUUUUGGUCUCUUUUUUUUUUCUGUCUUUGGUCUGUUUGCGUUUGCGCCCAACUCGCAUCCCGACUUGUUGGUACUCAAGAGAGUAGCAACGUGUGACACGAACCCCAAUAACAACAACUUCAGAAAGAGAAAGAAAACACAAGGGAACAAACAACAAGAGCCGCCCACAAUGUCAAAGUUCGACCCCAACGGAUGGUACGCCAUCUCGGAGACGCGGGUGGACAAGACCAACAAGGACCUCAAGAGCUCCCUCCAGGUGCUGCCCGAGGGGAUGCGCGUGCACCCGAUAGCCGACGACCUCAACUGGCAGCUCCACCCGGUCGACGACAAGAAGCCGGGCAGGUACGUGCUGCGCAGCUUCAAGGCCGGAGUGCAGAAGCACCUGGCCGCCUGCCGCGUGCCCGCCGAGAAGGACUCGAGCAGGACCCGCGCCUGCCUGGAGCCCGCCGCGUCCGACGAGUCGCAGCAGUGGGACAUAUCCGACUGGGGCGACGGCACCUACAAGAUCCAGUCCGUCGCCAACGGCACAAAGUACUGGCUCGACGUGCACCCGGGAUCGGAUGUACACUUGUCUAGCAUCGAGGAGACGCCCGACAACAAGCGCGAGGCGCAGCAUUGGGUUUUCUCGAGCAGGUUCCCCGUCAACGAUGAUAGGUAUUCGACCUUGUUUUCUGAGCAACAGUCAACGAUCGCCCCAGCCUCAACAACAACCGGCACCUUCACAAGGACGACACCAACGCCAGCGCCGACAGGCACAGACGGCACCGCCGCCGGCUCCACGGACGGCGGAUCAAAUCCACAGUCGGAGCAGUCCAGCAGCGGCGGCGGCGGCGGACUCUCGACGGCCGCCGCGGCAGGAGUGGGCGUGGGAGUUACCCUGGCGGUCCUCGCGGCCGUCAUCACGCUCUUGGUCUUUUGGUGGAAGCGACGACAGGCGGCCGCCGGCGGCAGCGCCGGGUCCCACGGCGAAAAGGAGGCGCUCAACUACUCGGUCUCGCCACCGCCGCCGCCCAGCGGCGUCGCACCCGGCACCGGAGGGGUCGGCGGCCCGCACGGCUACUACAGCGGCAAGGAUGUGCACUCGGAGGCGGGGGCGGCUGGCGGCUGGGUACAGCAGCAGCAACAGCAACAACAGCAACAGCACAGCGCCGUGGCGUCGCCACAGUCCGGGGCCUACUACCCCGCCUACCACGACGAGGCAAAGUCGCUGCAGUCGCACAUCAACGCCUCGCCGGCGACGUUCACGUCCAACCUGCACGAGGCGCCCGCAGCUACGACGGUUGUUCACGAGGUGCCAGGGCCGAAUAUGCCCGUCGAGAUGGACGGUACCGGGAGGCAACCUGCGGGUUACCGGCCAUGACGAUGACAGCUGUCGGGUCUUGUUCGCUCUCUUUGUGCUUCUUAUUCCUUUUUGUUUUUCCUACUUUUGGGUACAGGAUAGCUCUAUUUCUCAUGUAAUACAAACAAGCGGUGAUUUAUAUGUUCAACUUUAGUGUUUUCUGUUGUCUCGUCUUAUUCUACUCUGCUCUGUUAAAGGAUGGCCACUUCAACCAAACUGAAUUUGCUCACAAUUAUCAUCUCACUUACUGACCAUAAAUCAGGGUUAGGUACUGC